AUGGAGCACAUUAUUAACGUUUCCGAGGUUCAGCAUCCCAAGUCUGUAUCAAAUCACCAGCACGAAUCACUCACACAAAACAAGAUUGGAUCACCGGUGGUCUCCCAAGUCAGCCAUGACUACUCUUUGCUCCCGUCAAGCAACUCAGAAGUGCGGCUUCCGCCAUUGAAACAAGAGAUGCAAUCUCUCCCAGUCGAUGUCAAAAAAUUCGCUAACCCAGCUCCCCUGGGUCUAUGCGCAUUUGCGCUGACAUCAUUCUUGUCGAACUGCAUCAAUCUCAACGUUGGAAAUAUCCAAGCUGCUGGUGUGAGUGUCUCUCUGGCUUUGAACUACGGUGGGAUCACGCAGGUUUUAGCUGGCAUGUGGGAAAUGGCCGUGGGAAAUACAUUUGGCGCUACGACCUUCACUUCUUUUGGUGCUUAUUGGGUUACGUUCGCUAUGAUAUCGACUUUUGAAAAUCCCGAUACGGUAAAAGAUGCAGCAAAUACAACAUGUCAGAAUGAGACUCUCACUGGCCUAUUCAUGCUGGCCUGGUUCAUAUUCACAACUUUAAUGCUCUUAUGCACAUUGAAAUCGAGCCUUGCGAUGUUUUCGCUCUUCUUCUUUCUAGAUCUGAACUAUCUUCUUCUCGGCAUUGCGCACAUUCAGUGCAGUUCUCAUGGCGAAGUCAUCAUCGCAGUCCAGAAGGCAGGGGGGGUUUGUGGUUUAUUGGCUUCUUUUGCGGCUUGGUACAAUGCAUUCGCUGGUGUUUGCGAUCCAAGCAAUGGUUUCUUCACUGUUCCUCUUGGUCACUUUCCUUGGUCCCCUGCUGCUCGUGUUCAUCGGAUUAAGGCCAAAGAAGUCUGA